CUCGGCUUGCGGAGCACCCACUCCUAAUCUCCGCCUUGUGACAUCCUAGCAGACAGGGGCAGCCCUUCCAGGAGCAGCUCCACGGGCUGGAAACAGGGGGAAUGGCUGGUGAACGGCUGUGAUAUUUCCUAGUUCUGGACAUGACCUUCAGCACCACAAUGAAUCAGGAAAAACCUGUCAAAUCCUCCUAGCUCCCCGGCUGUGCAAUUUGCUGUUCCCUCGCUGUUCCCCAGACAGCAGCUUUUCUCACCCAAAGCACAGAAGCCAGCAAGUCACAAAUGACAGCUGAAAAGUGAAGCAUUACCAAAAGCUGCGUGAGACUCUGUCAGAGAGAACCUUUAUAUAUAAUUCUCCCUCUGAGCCUGGGAAGCUGUGCAUCCCAUCAGUUCCAAAGAACGGAGAGAAGAUAUGUUCAAGUAACCAACACCAGAAACUGCACAAAUCCAUAGACAUUUCAGAAUAUCUACACAGUGACCUACAGCAUUUAGAAUUCUCCCUUCAGAAUGGAUGAUGGCUAUAGAAACACAAACCAGGUCUCAGAUGACUACAGGUACCAGGAUGGCAGCUAUGACACACCCAAUGACGGCUACUACCGGGGCGGGGACGAGCCCGCGCAGGAAGAGGAUGCCCAGAGUGAUGUUACAGAAGGCCAUGAUGAGGAUGAUGAGGUCUAUGAGGGCGAGUACCAAGGGAUCCCACACCCAGAUGACAUUAAAGAAAAGCAGAAGAAGCGAGCCCCUGCCAUGGAUGAUGAGUACAGAGACCGUGCUGACCUUAUGGCCGAGAGGAUGGAGGAUGAGGAGCAGCUUGCCCACCAGUACGAGAACAUCAUCGAGGAGUGUGGCCAUGGACGCUUCCAGUGGACUCUCUUCUUUGUUUUAGGGUUGGCACUUAUGGCAGAUGGGGUGGAGGUGUUUGUGGUUGGAUUUGUUCUUCCCAGUGCUGAGAAGGAUAUGUGCUUGUCCAGUUCCAACAAAGGGAUGCUGGGCUUGAUAGUCUACUUAGGAAUGAUGGUGGGGGCUGUCUUGCUGGGUGGCCUCGCUGAUAAACUGGGAAGAAAGCAAUGCCUCAUCAUAUCACUUGCAAUCAAUGCUGCCUUUGCAUUCCUCUCCUCCUUCGUCCAGGGAUACGGAUUCUUCCUCUUCUGCCGCCUUAUCUCGGGCCUCGGUAUUGGGGGCACCCUCCCCAUCGUGUUUGCCUAUUUCUCUGAAUUCCUGUCUCGUGAGAAGAGGGGGGAACACCUGAGCUGGCUUUGCAUGUUCUGGAUGAUUGGUGGCAUUUAUGCCUCAGCAAUGGCUUGGAGCAUCAUCCCACAUUACGGCUGGGGGUUCAGCAUGGGAACCAAGUACCACUUCCACAGCUGGAGAGUUUUUGUACUCGUGUGUGCUCUGCCCUGUAUUGCCUCCCUGGUGGCGCUGAAAUUCAUGCCUGAAAGCCCACGGUUUUUGCUGGAGAUUGGUAAACAUGAUGAGGCUUGGAUGAUACUCAAGCAAGUUCAUGACACCAACAUGCGGGCCAAGGGCGAGCCAGAGAGGGUGUUUACGGUUUCCUAUAUCAAAACUCCAAAGCAAGUAGAUGAAUUUAUUGAAAUCCAGAGCUCAACAGGGACCUGGUACCAGCGGUGGCUGGUCAGAAUCACGACUACUUUAAAACAGGUCUGGGACAACGUGCUAUAUUGUUUAACAGCCCAGUACAGGAUGAACACACUGAUGCUGGCUGUGGUUUGGUUUACAAUGGCCUUAAGUUACUAUGGCCUUAUUGUCUGGUUCCCUGACAUGAUCCGGUAUUUCCAAGAUGAGGCAUAUGAAUCCCGAGUGAAGAUAUUUGAUGAGGAAGAAGUGUCCCAUUUCACCUUUAAUUUCACCCUGGAAAACCAGAUCCACAGAAAUGGGGAAUACAGGAAUGACAAAUUUAUUGGCAUGAAAUUCAAGGAAGUGAGAUUUGAGGAUUCAUUAUUUGAGGAUUGCUACUUUGAAGAUGUGAGAUCCAGUGAGACCUUCUUUGAAAACUGCACCAUCAUCUCUACUGUCUUUUAUAACACAGAUCUCUACGAACACAAAUUCAUCAACUGCAGGCUCAUCAACAGCACGUUCAUGAAGGAGAAGGAAGGCUGCCACAUCGACUUUGAGGAGGACAAUGAUUUUCUGAUCUACCUGGUCAGCUUCCUGGGCAGCCUGUCCGUGCUGCCAGGCAACAUCAUCUCUGCAUUGCUCAUGGACAAAAUUGGGAGGAUCAAGAUGAUUGGUGGCUCGAUGCUGAUCUCAGCCGUGUGCUGCUUCUUCCUGUUCUUCGGGAACAGCGAGUCGGCGAUGAUCGGCUGGCAGUGCCUCUUCUGUGGGGCCAGCAUCGCCGCCUGGAACGCCCUGGAUGUCAUCACCGUGGAGCUCUACCCCACAGACAAAAGGGCAACAGCCUUUGGCAUCCUCAAUGGUCUUUGCAAGUUUGGUGCCAUCCUGGGGAACUCUAUCUUCUCCUCCUUCGUAGGGAUAACCAAGGUGGUUCCCAUCCUUCUGGCCUCCUCUGCUCUGGUUGGGGGUGGCCUGCUCGCUUUGCGCCUGCCAGAGACUCGAGAACAGGUCCUGAUGUGAGCAACAGAGGCCAGGGGGCUUGGAGGGGGGGCAGGUGUAGAAGAAGAGCGAAAAAGAGCCAUGUCUGGAAAACCCAAAACGCUCAUUCUAACUGUUCUGUCAAUACCUCAAAGCGAGACAGCAGAGGGAAGGAAGAACCCGCAGGGAUAUAAACAAAACCAUCGUUUCUGACCUUAUUACAGCCACAACUGGUGCAUGCAGCCCCCACAUGCCCCUUGCAGAGCUUGGGUGCCACCCUGCCCAUGCUGGGAGCCCCCGCUGUCCCUGUCCACGUCCCUGCAAGGACACCAGACGCAGACAGUGGCUCGGUGUGCGGGUGUGACACGGCAGGACAGACCCCCACCCUCCUGCCUCUGCCCCAUGAGACCCUGCCCUGCCUCCCAGCCCUGCUCAGCCAUCCACACCAGCUGUGCUCAGAGGCACAGAGCAUCCCGGGGGAGCCAGGUAACCAACCUGCAGUAGGUGAGCUCCAGCAACAGGGGUAAGAGUUGCAGAUGUGGCCGGGGGGGCCCCAGCUGUCUUGGUUUUGGGAUUACCACUCACCUGGAAGAGUGAGAGUCCUGAUUUCUCCAGUAUGUGAGGGUGGGUGCUCAGCUGUCUCAGAAGAUUCAGAGCUUCAAAGCCCUUUACUGUCUUUAUUUGGGCACAGGGAAUCACUAGGCACCUUCUUGCUGUGGAAGAGAAAUAUCUAAAUAAUUAUAUAUAUAUAUAUGUAUUUACACCUACUUGCAAACGUAUGUACACCCAUUGAAGUGUUCAGCUAUUAAAAGUUAGUAUUUUUUAUUUCUGUACCCUUAAGAUGAUUUUAAGAGUCACACUAAAAACAAAUCCCAGUAAUUCAAGAUUAUCAGGAGUCAUGACCAACUUAGUGACAGUUCAUUCUUUACAUCCAGAUACCAAAUAUUUAAAUGUAUUAAUGGCUGGGAAUAUAUAUUUCUUUAAUGAUUGAAAGGGUUUUUUUUCCUGCAACUUCACAGAGGAGAAAUUGAUAUGAUAUUGGAGCAUUCCACAAACCAAAUGUGUACAUAUUAUCCAGUGUAAAUAGGGGAUUUUUGCCUAAUACCUAGAGUAUGGUAACUGACAAUUUACCAGCAUUUUAGCCAUAUUAUUUGAAGAAUAUGAUGCUUGAUUUUCUAAUAUACUUGGGUCUCAUUGAAACACUGUAAGCACAGUUACUUAAAGCCAUUUAACUUGUUACACAGGGAAUGCACACAGCAAGUUUUCACUGUACAGAACAUUAAAUUCCCCAUUAAGUGGCACAGUUUAGUUUGAUAUCCUGUGGAGAACAUUUCUGAAAUUUGUGUGCCCUUUCUAUCAUACGAGUUAAGUCCUGUAGCACCUAGAGGCAAAGUGAGUUGUGUAUUUUGGGCUAUGUAUUCUUGGGAAACCAGAAAUGCAAAGCAUCCUGUUCAAUAACAGUGCUCAUAAUAGAUAACACUAAUUAUUUUGUUUCAACAAGCUCAGCAAUAGACCAGAAUCGAUCUGAAACCACCUCAUAGUGCAGCUAAUUUGUCAAACCAGGAUAUUUUGUGACAUAAAAAGUUCUUUUGUACUUCCGCUGGUGAUCUUCUCAUUUACCUUUUGUUGGAUCUUCUUCAUUAU